AUGACUUCAAGGAGAAAUUCCACCAGUCAUAUGUACGGAGAUAUCGGGUCGGAUAUCUUGGAUGAUGAUAAUAAUCUACCAUCGCGUUACAGGAGGGGAAGACGGAAAAGCAUCACCGUGACGAGGAAAGACAGCAAGCCGUCGAUCGCGCCGAAGUCCCCGGUUCCUGCUCCACCGCGACCGCGUCCGAUAAAGAGGAGCGAUUCGAGCCUCUCGCGGGUGUCUUUGGCGUCCGAGUUCGCGACAAUACAGGAGGAUUCUGUCUGUGACGACUUCCGGGGUGAAAAUUUACAACAGAGUGUCUCGUCGUCGAUGUCCGACAGUAGGCGAGGUUCGUUGUCGUCAUCUGUCAGUCUUAGUUUUGUCGACAGGCAGCGUCGAUUAUCUUCGUCUUCCCUUUCAAAUGACUACUCCUCAUCUUAUGAUCUACCAAGACGAGUAUCCUUCACCGAUAUGAGACCGUCCUCUUCUACUACCGAUGACUACUCGGAGUCGAAGUCACCAUCCCGCCGGUUAUCGAAUGAUUUCUCCCCGUCACAGUCAUACGGUGCACCCGUUCCCCGUCGGGUCUCCGUUGUCAGUCUCCAAAGGAGAGACUCCGGAAAUUCUAUGGACUUCAACGCAAGACGCUUAUCAACGGUAUCAGACGCCGUGGUUAUACGUAAACGCAGUAAGUCCAAGGGAAGGGGUUGUUCAGCCGGGCGUCACCGCCGGGCGUCUGCCGGUGAUGCCCCCAGUCCUCGGAGGUCCUUCCCGCCGCUAGCAUCAAGCAGGUCUCGUGCUUCAAAUCCAGCUUAUCAUUCGUACCCACCGCCUGAAAUGGAUAAUGUGGUCUUCGACGAUAAUGAAGAUGAGAUACCAUUGACAAUGGCGGACAGGAAUGAUCUGAGUUAUGAGGCAUCUUUAAGAAGAGCCUCUCUCGCCUCAAUCCACGAGAUGCACCACGCCGUAGAGCUGCUCAAAAACCAGCGAGCUCUCGACAAAGCCGAGAGGAACGUCAGCCCAACCCUAAGCUCCCAUCGCCGCCGUAGCAAAGCAAGAGGCGGCCGCAGAUCCUCAUUACCCACGCCCAGUGACUCCCCAAGGCAAUCCGUAAUCUCCACCUCCAGCAACAGAACAAUGGAGGCCGAUUCCAGGCGCUCAUCUGUCAGUGCCUCCAUACAGGACAUGCAUCAGGCAGUUGCUCGGAUCCAAGAGAAACGACUGGUGAGGAAACUAAACGCCAAGGUGCAGUUCUCUGUUGUUGAAGACGCGACUAGACCGUCUGACAGACGGCGACUGAGCGCAUCUUCGGGAGGCAGGCGGAGGGGAAGUGCUGGUGGGUCGUCCGUGAGUGCAGUUUCUUGCAACAGUAUGUCUGGUAGCUCGAGUGGGAGUGAAGAUUCAGACUCUAACAACAGUUUCAGCAGCAGCGACUACAGUUCAUCAUCUUCCUUCUCAGGGUCGUCCUCCUCGGACAAUUCCAGUUCCUCAUCAUCUUCAUCAUCAGACUCCUCCUCAGACUCGGACAGCGCCAACUCGGAUUCAGAAGGCUCAUCAUCAGAUAAUGACAGUGUCAUUUCAGGUGACAACGACGACCAUGACAAUGACAGCCACCACUCAGGUGUGUCAUUGUGCUCUUCAUCCGAGACAGACUCCGGGAAUGGAACCCUGAGUAGCAGCCACGGCUCUAAGACAGACGGGGUACCCAAGAGCCCCCACGACAUCCCUGGGCCUUCCGGUGUUUACAGACAAGCAACCCAGUACUCACCCAAACCUACCCCUGAACCACUUGACAAUAAACGAGAGAAUUACUUUGAUUUUGAGGUGGACAACAACCAAGGACUUGAAGAAGUAAAUGAUAAAAGUCCAAAGCCAGUGAACAGACAAGCCACAUCGAGUGUUUGUGUCAUACUCUGA